AGCUAGGAGGAAGGCCGCCGAGCAGCGCGCCCGCCCGGCCCGUCCCCGCCGCCCUGCCCCAUGCCCCAGCGACGCUGAGCCUCCCGCAGCCCGAACAUGGCCACCACGGCAACGUGCACCCGCUUCACCGACGAGUACCAGCUCUACGAGGAGCUUGGCAAGGGAGCCUUCUCUGUGGUCCGCAGAUGUGUAAAGAAAAAUUCUUCACAGGAAUAUGCUGCAAAAAUCAUCAACACCAAAAAACUGUCAGCCAGAGAUCACCAGAAACUGGAACGUGAAGCUCGAAUUUGCCGACUUCUAAAGCAUCCAAAUAUUGUGCGACUCCAUGACAGUAUUUCAGAAGAAGGUUUCCAUUACCUCGUCUUUGAUCUGGUUACUGGUGGGGAGCUCUUUGAAGAUAUUGUUGCUAGAGAAUACUACAGUGAAGCAGAUGCCAGCCACUGUAUUCAUCAGAUACUGGAGAGUGUGAAUCACAUUCACCAGCAUGAUAUCGUGCACAGGGACUUGAAGCCUGAGAAUUUACUACUAGCGAGUAAAUGUAAGGGUGCUGCUGUCAAACUGGCUGACUUCGGACUGGCUAUAGAAGUCCAGGGAGAGCAGCAGGCCUGGUUUGGGUUUGCUGGUACUCCAGGCUACCUCUCCCCUGAAGUCUUAAGAAAAGAUCCUUAUGGAAAACCAGUGGAUAUAUGGGCAUGUGGAGUGAUUCUGUACAUAUUACUAGUGGGGUACCCUCCCUUUUGGGAUGAAGAUCAGCACAAACUCUAUCAGCAGAUCAAAGCCGGAGCCUAUGACUUCCCAUCACCUGAGUGGGACACUGUGACUCCUGAAGCCAAGAAUUUGAUCAACCAGAUGCUGACGAUAAACCCAGCGAAGCGUAUCACAGCUGACCAGGCUCUCAAACACCCAUGGGUUUGUCAACGAUCCACUGUUGCAUCAAUGAUGCACAGGCAGGAGACUGUGGAAUGCCUGAGAAAGUUCAAUGCUAGAAGGAAGCUAAAGGGUGCAAUCCUCACGACAAUGCUUGUGUCUCGGAAUUUUUCAGCUGCCAAAAGCCUGCUGAACAAGAAGUCAGAUGGAGUGAAGAAAAGGAAGUCGAGCUCCAGUGUGCAUUUGAUGCCACAGAGCAACAACAAAACCAGUAUAGUAAGCACUGCAAAAGAAACACCCCCAGUGCAGACGUCCAUGGAGCCUCAAACAACUGUUGUCCAUAAUGCUACAGAUGGCAUAAAGGGUUCCACAGAGAGCUGUAACACCACAACUGAAGAUGAGGAUCUGAAAGCUCCCCCUCUCUCCACCGGGGACGGCAGCUCAGUGCUUGAAGGACGGAGGCACAGUGAGAGCAAAACACAGACUGAGUCCAUGCAGUCCCAGCUUUCUCUCUGUUUCUCAGCCAUGCGUAAGCAAGAGAUCAUUAAGAUAACAGAGCAGCUGAUAGAGGCCAUCAACAAUGGAGAUUUUGAGGCUUAUACAAAAAUCUGUGAUCCUGGCUUGACCUCAUUUGAACCUGAAGCACUGGGGAACCUGGUUGAAGGAAUGGAUUUCCAUAAGUUUUACUUUGAAAACUUACUGUCGAAGAACAGCAAGCCAAUCCACACGACCAUCCUGAACCCCCACGUCCACGUCAUCGGGGAGGACGCCGCCUGCAUCGCGUACAUCCGCCUGACGCAGUACAUCGACGGCCAAGGCCGGCCCCGCACCACGCAGUCGGAGGAGACCCGUGUCUGGCACCGCCGAGAUGGCAAGUGGCUCAAUGUCCACUACCACUGCUCUGGAGCUCCUGCAGCACCUCUCCACAACUUGUGGAGAUACUCAGCUGGAGGGCAAUAUCUUCUUAGCAAGCAGCUCUGGAGUGCCUGAGUGACAGCAACGGUCAUGUCUGUUUUGACAUUAAAAAAAUAAAUACAAAUUACAAACAGGCAGCAGCCAAAUGCACGAAACCCUGCAUGCAUCUGAUGCUCCGGGCACUGCCUUUCUGUUGUUUUCCAUGGAUCCAUCGUGUCUGUUUCUGCUGUACGAAGGUGUUUUUAAAUCUAAAAAAAGACAUGUUGUUUGUAUAAAAUAAUAAAAAAAACAGGAAUAAUGCUAAAUAAAUGACAGAUUAUCCAACAUGCCCCUUCCCCCAGGGCUAAGAAAGUGGCAGCAGCCAGAACAUCUUUCAGAAAUGAAGUGAGGGGGAAAGCAAAAGUGAAGGAGAGAGAGAGGGAGAGCAAGAAAGGAGGCAGCUUGAACAGCGGAUGGCUGACCCGUGCUCCGCAAAGCGAUGGUGGAAGUUAAUACCACAUUCGGGCUGUGCUGCAACUACAGUCGGUGAGAGGUGGCAAGGAGACCCCAGAGGAGCCAGUGUGAAGACUGGGGUUCAAGAGAGAGGAGGUGUUUCUCUUCCUGUUGCCCAGCAGUCUGACUUCAGCCUGUUUCUUCUUCGAUUUCUGCACAGCAAGAACGCUAUGGAGACCUGGUUGCUCGGCUGCUGGAUCCCAAAACAGACUUUUCUUUUUUUUUCCUUUUUAUUUUUUAAGAAAUAAAAAAAAAUGGAAUGUUGAUUUAAAACUAAAGAUGGAAGUAGGGAUUUAAAAAUGGGUUUAAGUUUAAGUAACCCAUUAUUAACCCAAUUAAUUAACUUGAAUAGAAGCUCGCUCUUUAGUGAUACUGGUUUUAGAAACAGCCACUACCUGGAAAAACAUGGAGUUUUGAAGCCAGCUUAUUUAAUUUAACAAAAUAAAAAACAUUUCAUUAAGAGCAGAGGUUUUAGAGGAAGAGGGUAUUUGUAUGGGAUUUUCUAUUUUUUUUCUUUUUAGUAGCCUAGUUGGGAUCCACAGUGCUGCAGAACACAUGUUCCUUAGGAAGCAGACAAAAAACUUAGUGUUAUGUUCUUCAUGAAAACUUGCACAUACACUCCUAUAUGAGGCAUAAAUAGCGUGUGUUUUUUAUACUGAAAUAUAUGCACCCGUAGAAUUAAAGGGGUUACCUGGCCUCCUGUAUGAUUUGUUGGUCUCCAUUAAAAUAGCAGUGGGAGCCAGCAGCCCCAGCCAGGUGCUUCUCCCCACCACUAACCCAUCUGAUGUUUGUAAGUGUCAUGUUUCCUAGUGUUUAUUUGGGUAAUUUUUCUAUUUUUUACAGUGAUGUUGUAACGCAGAAAACUAUCAGAACCUCAAAAGCUGUAGCUGAAGGAAUCCAGGCCACCUCCCACCCCAUGUUGCCUCUGGGUGUUAGAGGAUACCUCAUGAAGCAGAGGGGAAAGGGAAUGAACACGUGAUCUGAUGUUUGUCCUUUGGGCCAAUUCAUCUUCCUUUCUUUUCUUUGCUGCAAAAGGAGUUGAAUUCCUUUAUUCAUUGGGUGGGAGAUAUGGAAGUGUUUUGUUGACCUUACCAAGGAGAGAGCCUAGCCCCAAGAAGAAAAUGGCCUUUCUGGCAGACCUGAUGGGAUUUGUCUUGACCAAGGGAAAGGCAUCACUUGCAGAAGUUGGAAUGGGCUUUUACCUGAACUUAUUUACCCCUAAUAAUUUUAGGAUCUCUAGAAAGAGUUAAAAUUAUUUCCAUGACAGCAUACUAAGUGUGUGGCAAUCUUUUAGAAGACUAUAGAAGAGAAGAAAGACAAUUUGGAAUUUUAAUCCUCAUUCAACAAAGUGCAGAAAAUAAAAGCUGUUGCACAAAGUGGAGCUGUCACUUUGCAGCAGAUAGUGCUCUGCUCCCUUUAUUGGAGAGGUGUUGUCCCAUACCAGGAUUAGAUCAGCAAACCACUCAUGAAGGAAAAGACCAUCCACACUUCCCAGGUUUAUUUGAGCAAACACCUUUUUCUUCCUCCCUUUGCUAUCCUAUGGGAGGAGUGAGGAGGGAUUGAAUCUAUGGUGGGGCAAACACUAGAUUUUAUUAUUUCAAAACAUUUUAAAGACAGGGACUGAAGUGGAAAAGUAAAAAGCCUUGAUAUUUCAUUCAGAAAAAAUUUUAAGCCACAAAGAGAGCAGAUUACAGUUAUGCCACUUAAAAAAUAUAAAUACAAAACAUUAUGCAUGCCUUCUUUUGGUCUGAUCUUCCUUGUCUCUUUACCUGAUAAUUAAUAGUUAAAAAAGAGAACCCUCUAUAUAAAGUAUAUGCAUCUUUCAGAGAAAAUUUUAAAAGAACAGAACUGUUGGUUUUUUUGUUUUUGCACAGUCUUGGAGACAAACUCUUUAGAAUUUUUUUUUUUGUUUGUUUCCUUUUAAGUUAAUGAGAACCGUAGCUUGGUAUGGCCAUUAUCAAACACAGCUGUACACCUUUAGCAUUCUUAAUGUUCUCUUAUGGGGCUAAUGUAAGCAUCUAUAUAAUAUAUAUUAUAAAUAUCACAUUUUAAACAGGAAAUGGAAGGCAUUUGAUGCAGAAUUUUUGCAUGAUAUAGAAAUAAAUAAAGUUAGCUAGUGUUUGUUUGUUUGGUCUGAAUGUUGGUAGAACCUUCAUAGCUUUGUUACAAUGAAACCUUGAACCGAAGAUAUUUAAUAAAAUAACAUUUAAACAGUG